AUGAACGGACACUCGACCAAGAGAGACAUCAAGAACCAUCUCCUGUUCGAGAUUGCUACCGAGGUUGCUAAUCGAGUGGGGGGUAUCUAUUCGGUGCUCAAGUCGAAAGCUCCCGUCACAACCGCCGAGUAUGGGGACAAGUAUACGCUGAUAGGACCAUGGAACAAGAACUCGGCUGCGGUGGAAGUAGAGGCACUCGAGCCCCCGGCCGGUCCUCUGCGAGAGACGAUAGCAUCGAUGCAAGAACGAGGGAUCGAGCUGUUGUACGGAAGGUGGCUGAUCGAAGGCGCUCCGCGAGUUCUCCUUAUAAACACCGGGACCGGCUAUCGCUGGCUGGAUGAAUGGAAAGGGGAUCUUUGGUCUAUAGCUGGGAUCCCCUCUCCUGCUGGAGACAACGAAACAAACGAGGCUAUCGUAUUUGGCUACCUUGUGGCUUGGUUCUUGGGAGAAUUCAUCUCGCGCGAAAGGGAUCGUGCAGUCAUUGCCCACUUCCACGAAUGGCUUGCUGGAGUAGCUCUCCCUCUAACGAAGAAACGACAGAUGGAUCUCACCACCAUUUUCACCACACAUGCCACUCUCCUAGGCCGAUAUCUCUGCGCUGGUUCGGUCGAUUUCUACAACAACCUGCAAUGGUUCGAUGUCGACGCAGAAGCCGGCAAACGAGGCAUCUACCACAGAUACUGCAUCGAAAGAGGCGCUGCUCAUUCCGCCGAUGUCUUCACCACCGUCUCCCACAUUACAGCCUUCGAGAGCGAGCAUUUGCUGAAGCGCAAGCCCGACGGCGUCCUUCCCAACGGCUUGAACGUGAAGAAAUUUUCCGCUGUGCAUGAAUUCCAAAAUCUCCACUCGAUACAGAAGGAAAAGAUACAUGAGUUUGUGCGCGGCCACUUCUAUGGUCACCUUGAUUUCGACUUGGAGAAUACUCUAUACUUCUUCACCGCCGGAAGAUACGAGUAUCGAAACAAAGGAGUCGACAUGUUCAUCGAGUCUUUGGCACGGCUGAACCAUAGACUAAAGGUCACCGGCUCAAAACUCACCGUGGUUGCCUUCCUCAUCAUGCCCGCGCAGACAACAUCCUUGUCGGUUGAUUCUCUCAAGGGCCAGGCCGUCACCAAGGCGUUGUCCGACACCGUUUCCAACAUCGAGCGUGGCAUCGGGCGCCGACUGUUCGAGCGCUCUGUUCACUGGAAGGAGGGAGAUCCCAUGCCCGAUGACAAAGAACUCAUCACCCCAGCUGAUCGGGUGAUGCUCCGACGUCGUCUCUUUGCCAUGAAACGACACCAUCUGCCGGCUAUUGUGACGCACAACAUGGUGAACGACUCGGAAGACCCUGUCCUCAAUCAACUACGCCGGGUCCAGCUCUUCAACUCGCCCUCUGAUCGUGUCAAAGUGGUGUUCCACCCCGAAUUCUUGAACUCGUCAAAUCCCGUCUUGUCGCUGGACUACGACGAUUUUGUCCGCGGCACUCACCUUGGCGUCUUUGCCUCGUACUAUGAGCCUUGGGGGUACACUCCUGCCGAAUGCACGGUGAUGGGUGUACCGUCCAUCACCACGAACCUGUCUGGUUUUGGUUGUUACAUGGAGGAACUCAUUGAGAAUUCAGCAGACUAUGGCAUUUACAUCGUCGACAGACGUCUCAAGGGCGUCGACGACUCGGUCAACCAGCUGACAGAUUACAUGUUCGAGUUUGCCAACAAGAGUCGGAGACAGCGCAUCAACCAGCGGAAUCGGACUGAGCGGCUCAGUGAUCUUCUUGACUGGAAACGAAUGGGCAUGGAGUAUGUGAAGGCUCGACAACUUGCACUGCGACGCGCGUAUCCUGCGUCGUUUGAAGACGCCGACGAGUUUGACGAUAUCAUUGGUGGCACUGAGCAGAAGAUCUCGAGACCAUUGUCGGUGCCCGGCUCACCCAGAGACAGAUCUGGAAUGAUGACCCCAGGGGAUUUUGCUUCUUUGCAAGAAGGUAAAGAAGGGCUGAGCACGGAAGACUACAUCGCAUGGCGAUUGCCUGAGGAAGAGGAGCCGGAUGACUACCCGUUCCCGCUUACGCUCAAGACAAGAAAGGCCCCGGGCGAAUUGGACUCUCCAGCACCCCUGGUCGGAGGUAUGAAUGGUUCGUGA